AUGUGGGACUAUGGUGACGACAACCGCGGGCCUGAAAUGGCGGCCGUGGCCCUCGUCAUGACAUCCCUGAGUGUCAUUGCGGUUGCGCUGCGCUGCUAUACUAUGGUCGCAAUACUCAAACGCUUCUUGAUCGAGGACUGGCUAGCUGUUUUGACCUGUCUCCUUCAGUGUGCCUUCUGCGCCUUUGUGAUUCUUGGUGUAUCACAUGGCCUUGGAGCGCACGUGGAACAUGUUCCGGAGGAUCAACGUCCAAAGGCCUUGAUUUUCAAGUGGGCAGGACAGAUCGCUUAUAUCGUCGUGUCAACGAUGGUCAAGUUCGUCGUCGGCAUUUUCCUGCUCCGCCUCUGUGUCAACAAUGGAUGGCAGCGCAUCACCAUCUGGGUUCUAUUGAUUCUCGUGGGGCUUUUCAACGCCUUCUACGUCUUUGUUGCGGUAUUCCAGUGCCAGCCUGUGCCAUUCUAUUGGUGGCGCUAUGCAACAGACGCGCCCAUCACUGGCACGUGCAACGGGAAAAAGAUGGCGACGAUACCUACCUACAUUGCUGUGCUGCUGGGCAUUGCGGGAGACUUGAUUCUUGCCCUCCUACCAAUCACCCUGAUCAAGCACGCGAAACUGGACAAGAAGACCAAGAUCUCUGUGAUUUGCGUCCUCUCGCUUGGUUCUUUGGCCUCGGUAGCUACUAUUGCACGUAUUCCAUACGCUCAGCAGCUACUCUCCAAUCCCGACUACCUCUAUAACUUCGCUGAUUUGGCGAUUUGGAGUAUUGUCGAAUGCGGAAUCGCCAUCACAGCUUCGUCACUUGCUACACUACGCCCACUAUUCGUCAAAAUGAAGCUUCUUGCGACCAAUCACUUCACAAGCCGCUUCACUUCAUCGAUGGGCGGCAGCGGUGGCUUGCCUAGGUUUACUAAUAAGACCAAUACCUUCGUGUCAUCAUCUCAAAUGCAGAACCAGGAUGCGAACAGAUAUCCUACGGUAACCGAAACGACGGCAAUGAACAAGGGAGUUGGCCUACUGAAGAGCGCGCCCGAGACGAAGGAUGGCGGCAUUCAAGUGAGAAAGGAGUUCGAGAUGUCCGUCAUCACGCGAUCAUCCAAGGACAGCAUCGAUCAGCUCGAGGACGAAGUCAAUGAGGUGAUACGCCCAGGCGCUUCAGCUAGGAGCAGUACUCACAGCAGGGGCCAAAGUUUCCAUCAAAGCCUCCGCCCAAGCCCAAGCCCUAGGCUGAGCCCAGCUCCUUCUGGUCCAUCACUCCAAGACGCCCCUAUGUUGACCACGGCCAAAGCUUCGACAGGGCCACCCCCAACACAUGCCACAAAUGGGCAUUUUGUUUACACCGACCAGUAUUCCAACGGAUCUCCACAGAGCUCACGCUCUCAUGAAGCUAUCAGGAAGGGCAGUUUCGGCCAAGUUUCAACCCCAUUCGGAGGCGGUCCCGCAGUCCACACAGACGUGUCAUUGCGCUCACCUCCGCCCAUUAUGACCCAGUCACCUCGCCAUGGGCAUCAAUCGACCAGCUCUCAAGAUAGCUUCCGAUCACCAAGGACACCAAGAUCAACCGCCCCAAGCUUUCACCUACCAACAAGAGUACAACACUACAGUAUGGCAUCUUCCGCCUCAGGCCAUAGCAGAUCAAGCACUUCCACCAAGGGCAAUAAUUCCCGCGGGACUUUCGGGGCAGACGGCUUGCCUCCACCCUCGCGCAUAACAGAAUCUGGUUACGGCGAAUAUUCACCGGGGCUCAACAGUAACCCAUCGAGCUUGCCCGGGAGUCCCGAGGUGCAUUCGACAAGUCGAUCACUUGGCGACUCCCCUAUCACAACUCUAUCCAACUCAAACACGACUGCGCGAUUCCCCUUCGAGAGGCCCGAGCCCAUCCCAGAGGUGAAGAAGACGAAGCGGAGAACGCGAGUGAGCGCCUUCCUGGCGGACAACUCGUCAGUGUCCAGUGUGGACACUGGGGACUGCAGUGAUGAAGAGCUCACCAAGCCGCAAUGGACGGGACAUGGUCGCGAGGCGCCGCCUAGUCCAUUGACGAGCCACCCGCCUUUAUCUCCGAGGGAGAACUGGGUAUGA